UUUUUUUUUUAUGAUACUCCUCUCCGUGUGUUUAAUUUAUUCACCUCGAUGAUCCUCUUGACUGAUCUGGGAACUGUUAGGAGCGGCUGUGACAGCCUGGAAACAUUAGUAUGAUUUCCUGAGUUUGAGAUUUGCUGCUUCCCCCCCCCCCCCCCCACCCCUCCAACCGACCCCCCUCCUUCUCCAAACUCAGGAAAAGUCAAUACAAUCGCACUUCAUUUUUCCUUCAUGUGCACUUGGAAGUCCUGGGAGCAGCAGGAGCAGCGGCAGCAGCAGCAAGAAUGAACUGCAAGGAGGAAAAUGACAACUGCACUGACGGGAGCAGCAACAACACCAAGAAGAUGCUGAAAUGCGUGGUGGUCGGGGAUGGUGCAGUUGGGAAAACCUGUCUGCUGAUGAGCUAUGCCAACGACGCCUUCCCAGAGGAGUAUGUCCCCACUGUGUUUGACCACUAUGCAGUAACCGUGACUGUGGGAGGACAACAACACUUGCUGGGACUUUAUGACACUGCAGGACAGGAGGACUACAACCAGCUGAGACCCCUGUCCUACCCCAACACCGACGUGUUCCUGAUCUGCUUCUCCGUGGUGAACCCUGCCUCCUACCACAACGUGCAGGAGGAGUGGGUGCCCGAGCUGAAAGUCUGCAUGCCCAACGUGCCUUAUGUCCUCAUAGGAACACAGAUUGACCUCCGGGAUGAUCCCAAAACUUUGGCGCGGCUGCUUUACAUGAAGGAGAAACCACUCACCUAUGAGCACGGAGUGAAGCUGGCAAAGGAGAUUGGAGCCCAGUGCUAUCUGGAGUGCUCAGCACUCACACAGAAAGGCCUUAAGACUGUCUUUGACGAGGCAAUCAUGACCAUUUUCCACCCCAAGAAGAAGAAGAGGCGCUGUGCAAAGUGCCACAGAUGCUGCACCCUUGUGUGACAUCCCCUGGGAAGCAGAGCCAGCCGAGUUCAGUGAAACCAAGCAGGUUAGAAAGGCAACGAAGGUCACAUGCAACUGAAACGGGGAACAUGACCAGAAAAGGGUCCUUCCUACCCAAACAUAGGAGCUCUCCGUUCUGUGAAACCUCCAAGCUGUAUCACCCUUGGCCAACUCCUGUCUCUGUGCUUUCCUAACCCUCCAGAGCUGUUUUGCAGCCUGUUCCCACUGCUGCAGACUGCACCAGCAGAAACCAGGAUGCCUGCUUGGCUCCCCACCUUAGGAAUAAGGUGAAGGUGGUUUGUGACAAAACAAAGAGCUAAAGAUGGCAAAAGAAACAGGAGAAACUCCUUUUGUGGCCUUAAGUAAGAAUUGAUCAAAAUUAGGAAUUUGCAGUCCUUAGGAAUUGUAUCUGAAUUGACUGAAAGCACAUGGAGAUCUGUAGAAAACUAAUAUGUAAGAUAUACACUAUAGGUAGGAUGUACUUUAAAAUGCUUUUCUUUCAUAAGACUUGCUAGAUCAGGAGAUACUUCAGUUUGUUCAAACCACAUGGAAGCAAAGGUGGAGUGAUUCCAGUUUGUUUUCACCUAAUGGUGAAACUUCACAGCAUCAGGAUGUUGCUGCACCCAAGCUAUCAAAAUGGAUCAACAUUUACCUCCAGACUUAAGGAAUGUUCUUACAACUAAAAAAAAUGCAAAUAACUGUAUUUUUACAGAGGAAUGUUCAGGCUGAGCCAUGUUUCUGUAAGCUGGGAAAGGAAGUAUAGAGUUGUAGCAUUAAUGUACUGAAACAAAGAAAUUCUGCCACCAAAGAAUAUUGCCCUAGACAUGAAAUAGCAGCGUGAAACAAUCCCUCUUCCAACUGAGAACAAGACACAUUGCCAUGGCAACAGAGAAUUUAUCUUAAAGAUCAGCUGGAUUUCUACAUCUCACCCAACAGCCAAUAGAAAAAAAAUAAAUAAAGCCAAAGGUCAUACUGACUUUAAGUGCUUUGAGGUGAUCCAAUUGCCUUAAAAAUAUCCUUUUUUUAUGAAGUAUUUCUGUGAAAAACCUCAUCAAAGUGGAGUUGUGAACUUGUUAUUGUAGCCUCCCUCCUCCCAUUGGUUUCUUCUCUCUCUGCUCCCAUUUUCCAUCUUCACAGAGAGAGCUGUGCCAGCUGCAGAGUGGCUGCUGUCCUCAGGAGUGGACUUUUCCACCAGUGGCAGAUGAUGCUGCAGCCAGCAGCAGGGAGGUGGGAAGUCCAGCCCAGAGGGGAAGGGAAGCUCCUGUGAUCUCCUCUUGCUGCUGGGAAUUGUGCCUUUUCACUGAAGCAUCUCUGGGGAUCCUGCAGCUUUGCACAUCACAGCUACACAGACACUCCAAGGUGAACUCCAAGGGUUACCUCUUGUCACCUGAAGCUGCCUCUGGGUACCCUGGCAGUGCCAUGAGACUGGCUUGUCAUGGGUUUCAUCCCCAAGCAGGAAAUCACAGCACCAGCACACACAGAUUUGAAGAUGUAACUCCUUGCUAAAGCUGAGUCUGAAGCCAGCAUGUCCAGAAGCAAUGGGAGGGAGCAGGUGACAGCAGAGCAUCCUCCCAGCCUGGGGGCACAGACCCAGCUCCCUCCUGCACCCCAUCCCACCAGACUGGCAGCCCUCUCCUCUUGGGAAGCACAGUGUCCUGACUGAGAACACUCCUGCCACCAGACGAACCAGGGAACCCCAGCCCUGGUGCUGCCCAGAGUGAUGGGUGGCAGCAGCAGGACCAAGGGACCAAGCUUGGUGCAGUGCCCAGUCCUGCAGCAGGACCAGGCUAAUGGAUCUGAGCUCCUCCUUCAGCACAAACUCAACUUCAUACAAUUGUAGAAUGGUUUGGGUUGGAAGGGACCUCAAAGAUCGUCCAAUUCCAGCCCCAGUUUACCAUGGACAGCUACAGAAACCAGCUCUGACACCCUAAAAGAUUUCUGGGUAGAAAUCAACAAUUCCCUCUUACAAAAGCCACCUGACUCGAGGCAAAUACUUUGCUCUUUUUUUUACCCAGUGCCUUCCACUCACCAUCCCUUUCCCCUUGCACACAAACAUGGAUGAAAACACAGCUGUGCCAUACCUGAGACAGACAAGUUCUCCUCAUUGCUGCUGAUUUUUGUGCCUGUUUUCUGUUUGGUUUUAUUGUGUCCCAGGCAUUUACUUCAGAUGGCCUGGCUGCUAAAGCCCAGCUCAGUGAGGUGCAGGGGUCCAGGCCAUGCCACAGAGUUUGUGUCCAUCCCCAGGCAGAGCAGUGAGGACACUGUCUAUCAGCUGAACUGUAACAUGAAAAAAUAUAUUAGAGAAGUAUGAGGAGAGCUAGGCAUGAAUUAAACAAAUUAAUAUUCCAGUUUACAACAUGACUAGAAGUCCACUGAAACAACAACAACAACAACAAAAAAAAGCCUUUAACAGAUUUCAGGGAAAUUAUAACUGCACUGUGCUGCCUUUUACUUCAGUGGAAAUUAAUUAGGAUGAUUGUUUUAGCUCAUGGAGGUUGCUGGAGAGUGAUGUAUGAGUCUCUGGUGGAGGAAGGUGAAGUCUGGUUUAGCUGAAGCACAAUGCAAGUGCUCAUGUUGGAACUGCCUGGUUUUCUUAGAGCUUCAAAAAAUGUAGAAAUGGAGGAAAUAGAAAAUCCAGAGUGACAGCUGAGCUCAUCCUAACAUAACAAGCACACUGGAAAAGUGAAAUGGAGCACCCUGGCAUGCAUCAGGGAAAGCCACAAGUAAUCAAAUUGGUUUUUGCCACUGAGUACCAGGGGUGAUUGUUAAUCUUAAUAGAAUGGCACAGGAUUGGCAGUAAAAUCAAAAACCAAGUGGGAAAUUGUAGCAUUAAUGUAACUGCAGUGGUUUGAGGAAAAUUAACUACAAAACAUAUGGUGAUAGAGAAGCUAAAAUGCUGCUGUCCUAAUGCAGCAUCCUGAACAAAUCCUUGCAUAAAGGAAGCAGAUAAAAAAAUGUUAAUAUUCAUACAAGAAGCGUUAAGGUUAAGCAGGGGUUUCUUUGCAUUUACAAAAUGGAGCACGUCAACCUUGUGAGGCAGAAAAAUUUCAUUUUUCAAACUGAUUUUGGCCAUAAUUUGAAUUCUGGGAGCUGCAAGAGCGGGAGAGUGGUCAUAAUCCACUGAGAAAUGGCCCCUGCAUUCCAUUUUUUAAAAAUUUUUCUUCCACCAAAAAUAAAUGUUUUUUGAAAAGCCAUGUUUAAUGCAGGUCUCAUAAACAUUAUUCCUGUGUUAGGUUAUGUACACACACCUGCCCAUGAAAUGUGGCAAUUUCCCAAGGAUCUGCCCUGUUAUACUAUUUUUUGGGGAGGCAGGGACAGCACAGGCCAUGAGGCUUUAGAAAGGGAUUGUAGGCAGAUGUAAGGAGAGUCAUUGACUAUCUGGCAAGUCAUACCUAAUGCCUUUUUUAAAAGCAACAGAUGGUGUGUGAAGAGGCAGUAAAGCUUAUUUUCAGAAAAACCACAACACCAGACAUAGAGCAAGUGCAGGCAUAAGGCCACAGAUAUAAACUUCAAGUUAUUUUCAAGAACCAUUAGUAAUGAGGAAAGAAAAUCGAUAGAGGACUGCCAGGUGAAGGGAGAUGGGUUUACUCACUGUGAGAUGAGCUAGAAAUCAGAUCCCAAUUUCACCUUAAAAGGAACACUGUUAAGGAGAGUCAUAAAGGUCAGAAACCAUCCCUGGAACUUAUUUGACAACGUCCCCUUAAUGCAGCUGAUGUCAAAGCCUUUCCUGACAGAACUGCCUUUGCUAAUAGCCUGCUGUCAUUUCUAAAGCACUCACAACUUACAGGAAACUUGCUGGAUCCUGUAACACCCAUCUCCUUUGGCCUCUUCUGAAACCCUCCUGUUCCACCAAGAGUUCUUAACCUGAAGCUGCAGUUUCUAACAGAGUUCCCAAAGUAUUUUCCAGCAGACCCCUGCAAGGAGAUAUUCGAGGUAUUUGAGAGAGAUGUCAAUUCUUCAGAGAGUUGCUAUCACAUUAAAACCUCCUACAGCUGCCUCUGCCCUUCAGAGCCCUGUGAAAACACCAGGACAGUGGAACUGGCACAGCCCUGCCACUUCCAGCAUGACUUGAAGGAGGUCCCACAAAAACUCACUCCUGUGCCCUCCAGAGCUCUGAAAAGUUGGGGAGAAGGCAGAAACAAGGUUCUAACCCCACUCAGAUUUUUCAUUUGUUCAUUUGUUCAACUGGAUAAAUGCCCUGUGUAGGUACAGAAUUCACCCCAAGUCCAGUAUGAUAAUCAAAAUAAUAAUUUCAGCAGCUGACAUCGAUAUUUCUCACCUUUUUUCACUUUUGAAGCACUCAAAGCUUUCAAAAGAGACACAGAAUUAAAUAUAGCACUGCAUCUUAGUAGGAAAUAAAGUUAUUCCAAAUACUUUUAUUGAAGGGACAGAUUUUGGGCAUCCUCUUCAUACUGAAGAGAAUCUCACUUCACAAGGAACUGCCUCCAAGUUGUUCAUCUCAUUCAAUCCCACUGGCACUGCUCAGGUGAUGAGGGAGGUUGAUUGGUGAUCUUUCCUUGUAGUUUAUUUACCAGAAAACCUCUUCCAGCCACUCCAGUGUUGGUGGCCUGUGUUCUUUUGAAUACCUUCAGGAAUGGUGACUCAAUCACUUCCCUGGGCAGCCUCUCUCUCUCUUUAAUUCAUAUAUGGAAGAUGCCAAUCUGCUUUUAUAGCUUGCCUAGAGCCCACGCCAUCUUCCUGUGCCCUUUUUCCCCAAGUGACACAGCAAAUACCUCUUGACUCACCAAAUCUCAUCUGGAUUAAAAAUAAUCUGCAGUGGCAUCAAUUUGUCUAAAAGCACAUUUGUCUUCUCCAACAAAGCAAUCCAUGUGCUCACCUUGGCCCAGGGACCAUUUGUUAAACAAAGAGGUAGAAUGCAGGAAUCUGGCUGUACAUGCCUUUCUCCAUGUAUUUUCUUUUUCCCUGAGGAAGACCUGUAAUGUUGUUUUAUCCUACAUUUAAAAAGGAAAAUCUGGAAAUAACAGAACAUUUUGUUGGUUCACAAUUCUAUGGGACUGGAGGAGCAUCUGCUGUGACAGGAGGUGAGCAUGGAGUGACCUACGUCAGAUAACUUCUAGGCACAUUUGAGCUCUUUGCAGAAAUGAAGACGAAUUUCCACUAUGAAUGUUUAUUUUCCUCUUUGUGAAUAAAGACCAUCUGAGAGCAGGAAAAAGCCUCCCACUGAUUUCGGUAGUGCCUUGUGAUCUCAGCUGUCUUCACCUAUCAAAACAAAACAGGAAUAGAAAUAUUUUUGCAUCAAAAAGUCAGGACAAAAUCACCAAUUAGAAGUUGUGAAUGCAACAGAAUCACUUCUGCUUCGGGGGAGAGCUGCAAAAUCAGGGCCCAGAGCAACAAUUAGUCAGUUUGAUCCUAAACCUUGAUUUUUUUCCUUUUAAAAAUAAACCUUUUCAUUUGAAGAUGUUAAGAGGACGCCCAUAACUAGAACAACAAAAGAAGAUCUUCAAAUUCUCUUUUUUUUUGGUUUCAGUUAAAGCUUUCAGGAACAUGGGAACAAAAAUCUGUUCUCUUGGGCAGUUCCAGGAGCCACACCUUAACAGC